AUGACGCUGCCUUCGAAGGAUAAGAAACACUCGGGUCUCGUUUCUCCUAGAUUUAUCUCUGCUGCUAGGAAACCUAACCCGGAUGGAUCGAUGAGUAGCCCUAGCGUGCUUUCGUUUCAAGGCGGUUCUACUAACGCCGGACCUGCAGCCGGCGUUUCAGUUUCCACUUCCAACCUAGGCUCGCCAGAAGUGGCUAAUUCCGUGAGCCCUGCUGGUUCGCAAACAAAAUCGAUCAUGAAUGCUAGCGGUACUUCGGGCGCUGUUGUCAGUAAUAGCCCGGAGCCGGGGUUGAAACGUGUUGCAACUGUCACCUUCAGUGACUUGAAAGCAGCAAACACUGCGAAGCCAGGGGCUUCUUCAGAGUCGGAGCCAGAAGGAUCUCAGCUCAAGAAUGCUGGAAACGCCCCAGCAGAAAGAAAUGGGGGUGCUUCACUGCCAAUGGGCACAUCAUCUGAACGUCGCAGAUCAUUGAAAUCUAAUUCCCUUCUAUCUACUUUGAAGACCAAGAGUCCUGGUGCCUUAGGAGCCCCUGCGGUACGCGAGCCAAGAACUUCUUCAUUACCACCAGAACAACGCAAGAUAAACAAUAUAAUAGCGGAAGAAAUUGGGCACUCUCAUUCUCCUCUUGCGCCCAAACGGUCUGAUGUCGAGGGGAAGCCUACCAAAGGUGAAGAGCAUCCUCAUUUUUAUGUGGAGGAUCCUUUACAUACUCCUUCUACAAGAUCCCGAUCAAAUAGCACUAGUCCCAAGCCUGGGAUAGGUUUUCCUCAAUUACUAAAUAAUACAGUCGGCGAGCUAGAAGGAUACGGUAUACCAAAGCAUAAUGAACAUAUCUUGGAAGCUGUUUUGGAAGAGUCUACAGGACAAAAGGUAGCACCAAAUAUUCCAAAGAGAGAAAACGCCAAGAAUCUGGACGCAAGGUUGCCACAAGAUGAUGGUAAGUUGCAUAUCUUGUUCGGCGCAACAGGUUCAUUAGCGGUUUUCAAAAUAAAGCUAAUGAUUAAGAAGCUGGAGGAGAUUUAUGGAAGAGAUAAGGUAAGUAUACAGGUAAUACUCACCCAGUCUGCAGAGAGGUUUUUUUCCAAGAGGUACACCAAAAGAUAUGGCGGUGGUGAAACGCCAUCGGAUUCCAGAGUAUGCUCGGGAACGAUGCCUGCGGUUUCGAAUUUGCCGGGGAGUAAUCUAAAUCCUGUUCAGCAACAACAGCAACAAGAGAUAAAGCAACAGCUGCAACAAUCACAAAUACAGCAAUCCCAGGAAAAACUACCUCAGAGGGUAGGCAGUACUUCAAGCCUUACACCUGGCACACCUACCAUAAUCAGUGGACCUUCCUGCUCAGCUGCAUUGCAAGCUGAGUUGCCACCCCAUAUUCAAAUAUGGGUGGACAGAGAUGAAUGGGACAUCUGGAAGCAGCGUACCGAUCCUGUUCUGCACAUAGAACUACGUAGGUGGGCAGAUAUAUUAGUUGUUGCACCCCUUACUGCUAACACGUUGUCAAAAAUUGCGCUGGGAUUAUGUGAUAACUUACUUACGAGUGUUAUAAGAGCAUGGAACCCGAUGUUUCCCAUUUUUUUGGCACCUUCAAUGGUUAGCAGCACGUACAAUUCCACCAUGACAAAGAAACAACUGAAGAUCAUCAAGGAAGACAUGCCAUGGAUAACAGUUUUCAAACCUUCCGAAAAGGUUAUGGGAAUUAAUGGUGACAUUGGUUUAGGUGGCAUGAUGGAUGGGAAUGAAAUCGUGGACAAGGUUGUCAUGACACUAGGUGGUUAUCCAAAGGAUGAAAAAGAGCUCGACGAAGACGAUGAAGACGAUGAAGACGAUGACGAAGACGACGAUGACGAUGAAGGCGCAAAAUCGAAAUUAUGUAAAGAGGGGGAUGGAGAAGAUGACGAUGACGAUGAUGAUGAUGAUGAUGAUGAUGACGAUGAUGACGAUGACGACGACGACGACGAUGAUGACGAUGAUGACGAUGACGAAGGCAAUGAAGCUAAACAAACUUUGAAGAAAUGA